AUGACUACAGUAUUCUCAAUUAAAGAUAUCCCAGAAUUUUCACAAAAGGAAAAGAUUGUAGUUGUAGGCAUUAUUGGAAAAUCGCCGUUUCGGUAUCCAAAUAAGACUUCACCACUGCUUUCUUCAGUACAAUUCAAAGAAAAUGACAUAGAAUGCCAUUGGGAUGAAAGACGAAGUAUUCUAUAUCUUCAUGCAGUCACUUACUUCGACACUGCGAGAUUGGCAGCAUUGGCAGCAGAUUUGAACGAGGAAUCUCAGAGCACGGUCAAAGAUGCUGACGCUGCUCACUGGCUCGUCGCUUCUGGAGAACUGGCGGUUGAAGCAUGCCGGGCUAUGGCAUUGAUAUUUCAUCUGUGCCAUAUUGUGAUUCUCUCAUUACCAACACCUGUAUUUGAUCUCGGAUAUUUACAGCUUUUUAAAGCUAUUGAUGCUUACAGAACAGAGUUAUCGGCGCAAAUUACAAGUGCUUUAAACCAAUCGUGGGCAGCUGCUUGGCAGCAUGGUCGGUUAUGCUGUCCUCGCCUGCUAUUUCACUUCAGACGAGCCCCCACACCACUAAGAGCUGAUCCCGCUGGCCUUAAGAGAUUGGAACAUGCUGUGGAGGACCAGAUAUACUUCAUACUCCGAAAAUCACGACUUAUAACUAAUGUCUGUGCCAAAUCUCUAUUUGCCAUUCCAAAGAAUGAGGAGUUUGUGUAUAUAAGUGCCGAGGAGGUGGGGUCGGCUCGUGACACAAGUUCAUUACUCCGUGGCUUAGUGCAAAUGUGUUCCGGUACAGGAACUACGAUUGCAUCAGAUCGACCAAGCUUCAGACAGUUCCUUCAAGGACACUUGAAUUUAGCUUUCGGUGAAGGCUUUGACGAUAAUGUUGGCAAGUAUGCCAUGAGCACUUCAUAUUUUGAGCUACCCUCAGCAUCAUGUUGGCGCGGCGCGGCUCGUGUGUUACACCGUCAAUACUCCCAGCAGUCAACCGUUCUCUUCGACGCUCUAGCGACAGACGUUAGGUUCUCACAGGCGAGAUGCGCUAAGGUGUUACCAAUAGCACAGGCGUCCUACGCGGAGGGUCUGCCACCUCACUACUCCAGCCAGCAUCACGCGCAUAAGCUGGUGGUAGCUCUCGGUGUAGUAGAAGCGAUGGCUCGAGGUCCCUUGGCUGGUGGUGCUCGAGCUCGUCUGCGGGUGGCCUGCGACACUAUCAGACGAGCCAGGGAACUGUGUGAGGAGCCUAGUCUCACACAUCAUCCAUGUAUACAUCCUAAACAUGAUAGCUCCAAAGAGCAUUCAUCAGGAGUGCGUUAUGUGAGUGCGUGUAACUGCGGACGCACGCGCGUGCCCCGCGACGACCCAUACUGUGCGCGGUCAGCUAAUUACACAUUUUAUACCCUGGCCGCUGAGCAAUGCAACUGUGACACUCUACCAUCUAUCAGUUUUCCAGUGUUUCAACCUUCAACCCCUACAUUCAGGGCUGCGUCAGUUAAAGGUGCUGUUAAAAGUCAAGAGUUGUCCGAAGUACGACAACAGGAGGUGAUUGAAGCCGAGUCACCCCAAGGGGAUGGAUCUCAACGAGGGUCGUGGUCACCCCCCGACGUGUUAUCACCAGGAUCAGCGAGGGAUGAUGAUGAAGAGGAUCCUGAGGACUCCAGUGAUGAAGGAAUAGAAGUCGUUACAGUACAGGAUAAUGGAACUACAGAGAAAUCAAUAAGUCGUCAGCCAUCGACCACAGAGUAUCUCCCCGGUAUGCUACACACGGCCAGCCCGGCCGCGCUGCUGCCCGCCUUCCCGAGCUGGUCGCUCGUGUGUCUCGGAGCUUCAUCGUUAUACUCACAUAGUGCUGGUCUUCCAGAGCAUCUUCAGCCAGGCUUCCUGCCUCACACCAACUAUCUAUUGCCUUGGGACUGCGCUGUCCGCCUGGAGCGUCCGGAGCGAGGGGACCUCGGCGUGUGGCGCGGCAGAGGGAGGGGGAAGGCGCCCUCACAGAGUCUCACGGUCAAGAUAUUCAUAGGAUACGAAUAUGAAUGUCCCAGGGGACACAGGUUCAUGAUGUCAUCUCCGGACACGGUGGUUUCCGGUGGUUCCGGUUGGUCCCGUGAGUCAGGCGAGGCCGGGGCCGGAGCCCUACUCGCUUCUAGCUCAAUGCCGGUGUUGUCCGCGUGUUUAUGUCGCGCCGCCCAGCCCGCACACCUGGCGAGAUUACACGUCGUCACACCGAAGGCUUCUGUACACGUCACGUUGGACCCUAAGGUACAGCCAGUGCCCGGUGGUCCAGUAUUCAUUCCUCAGCCAGUUGGGUCUCCGCCUAUCAAGUUGAGUUCCUCAGCGUAUUGGGUGCUUCGGUUUCCAUACGUGUAUGCUCACGAGCAUGGCGCCUUACCAAGAGCAAGACUACCGCCCGCUGGGAAUGUUCUGCAACCAAUGUUCGGACUACAGGAAUAA